AUGCGCAGAUCGGCGAGCGGCUCAAGAGUUUCUGAUCAAUCACCAUCUCCGUCUCCGCCUCGAUCUCAGAGUGUUGCAACUAUGGAAGAUGAUGUGGAGCUGCUGUUGCCAAGGUACGACCCGAGUUCUCAACCGGGGAAGAGAGAGAAGUCACGGUUGAGAUCUGCAGAAAACGUCAUCCAUUUCAUUCCUCUCCUUCUUCUGCUCUGUGUUGUAAUCCUCUGGCUCUUUUCUCAUUCAGUCGCAAUACUAAACCAGUGAUGGACCUGGAAUUUGUCAGCAGCUUGAAGGAGUUGAUUUGAGUGGAAGAAGACAAUUGUUUACAUGGGAAUAAAAACAUCUUUUUACUGCAAGACUUCGAUGAGAUGGGGCCAGCCAGUCGAAUGAUUUUUCUGUACCCACACACAUAUUCAUAGGGUAUUGUCUGAGUGAAAUUUCUGUUUGAGAUUACUAUUUAUAUAGUCCUUGAUUUUUAUUCUUUUCCAACAAACUUUAUUUAGUCCUUGGCUAAACAGCACUGUUAUGUAAUAAAAUGUGAAAUUUCAAGUA